UGAGCGGAGGUUUCGUGUUCGUCAUGUCUGGACGCGGCAAGCAGGGCGGCAAGGCGCGCGCCAAGGCCAAGACGCGGUCCUCGCGGGCCGGGCUGCAGUUCCCCGUGGGCCGCGUGCACCGGCUGCUCCGCAAGGGCAACUACGCCGAGCGCGUCGGGGCGGGCGCGCCCGUGUACCUGGCGGCCGUGCUGGAGUACCUGACGGCCGAGAUCCUGGAGCUGGCGGGCAACGCGGCCCGCGACAACAAGAAGACGCGCAUCAUCCCGCGCCACCUGCAGCUGGCCAUCCGCAACGACGAGGAGCUCAACAAGCUGCUGGGCAAGGUGACCAUCGCGCAGGGCGGCGUGCUGCCCAACAUCCAGGCCGUGCUGCUGCCCAAGAAGACCGAGAGCCACCACAAGGCCAAGGGCAAGUGAGGAACACGUCGCAACAUCCAAACCAAAGGCUCUUUUCAGAGCCACCCACGCGUUCACUAAAGAGCUUGCAGUUGCUGUGUUGGAGCAGCUACUUGAGAAUCCCCUUGACUGAAAAUCACUGGAGGUGCCAGUAUGUUAACUCCCCAGAAACAAAACACUAACUGUACAUUCAAAACAAAUGUAAAAUGAACACAAUGGUUUGCAUCAGGUAAUUAAGCAAUUGGUGCAACAUGCCCUGGGGCUCAAGUGCCUCUGGACGGAAAGCGAAGUGCCCUGCAGGCUAAGCCAUUCUUUUCUGGUAAAGAGCUUAGCACUUGUAUUAGAAAGUGAGUCAUCGGCGCAACCGAGUCACAGUUCCCCAUUGAAAGCAAAACAUUGUCAGAAACCGCAUGAAGGAAUGUGUACCCAUCCACAUGUAUUCGUAAAUUUUAAAAAAACACCUUACUUUCCACCCCAAUACAGAUUCUUACAAUAAAGAUGUUGGCAACAAUGUAUAACAAUGAGAGACACUCAAGUGACCCCCCA